AUGUCAGGCCCGACACGUAAUAUGCUUCACCAAUACGGCCGCCGCGCCAUUUUUGUCUCGCUGUUUACUGCUAUCGGUUCCACCGUCGCGUUCAACCUCUUCUACACCUGGCCCCGCCAUUAUCGCUAUGAGGAGUUCUUUGCGAACUAUGACCCAUACAAGCGAAUGAAGGAGAUCUGCGAAACCAACAAAGGAUACUUGCACACCUGCCCUCAAGAGCUUGCCAAGUUGUACGAGUCGAAAGGAAAACCGAUUGCGGACAAGCGUUAA